ACAUAAAUACAUGCACAACAUAGACUCACUGGCCAACCUACAGUGGCUGACAUAUGGGUGUGAAAAUUUUCAUCUUUUCAGAACAAUGCUGUAUGUACAAUAAUGUCUUCUGAAUACUGUUUAUAUGUUUGACAGGUUUGGUUUUUAAAGCUUACUGCAAAAUGAGUAAUAUAUCUAGUAUACUUGUAUUUUCACUGUCUGGCUUCAGUGCAACAGUCAACUACAGAGUCACUCUUUUCUCUCUCACUUUACUAUGUUAUUGUUUAAUUGUGGUGGUAAAUGUGUCUCUUAUUUUAACCAUAAUACUGGAUCAAAACUUACAUGAACCCAUGUACAUUUUCUUGUGUAAUCUGUGCAUCAAUGGACUUUAUGGGACUGCAGCAUUUUAUCCUAAAUUUGCAUUUGAUCUCCUGUCUGAUAUUUAUGUCAUAUCAUAUGUGGGAUGCCUUCUGCAAGUCUAUGUUAUAUACUCAUAUGCAACAAUUGAUUUCUCUAUUCUAGCUCUGAUGGCAUAUGACAGAUAUGUGGCUAUAUGUCGACCCCUGGAGUAUCACUCUGUGAUGUCUGUGCAAAGGAUUGCUGUGUUAAUUAGUUUGGCUUGGCUCGUUCCUUUGUGGUGUGAGGUUUUAGUUAUAUCUUUGACAUCUAAAUUGAAAUUAUGUGGCUCCCACAUACAGAAACUGUAUUGUGAGAACUGGUCAAUUGUUAAACUUGCUUGUAGUUCGACAAAAGCAAACGAUAUUGUCGGACUGAUUGUUAUUUCCUUCUAUUGUGCUCAUGUUGUCUUCAUUGUGUAUUCUUAUGUGCGGCUUAUAAAGUCAGCUUUAAAGUCAAAAGAAGGUAGGAAAAAGUUUACACAGACAUGUGUGCCACAUUUAUUAUGUCUGCUUAAUGUCACAGCUGCUUUGCUUUUUGACACCAUGUACUCAAGGUAUGGAUCAGCAUCUGUGCCACAGAGUGUAAAGAACUUCAUGGCCGUUCAGUUUCUCAUGAUGCCCCCGGUUCUAAACCCUAUUAUUUAUGGAUUGAUCCUGACUAAAAUUCGAUACAGAGUGGCCACUUUAUGUUUGAUGGUAGGUCAGAGGUUUAAGUUGAGACUGAAGGUUUGAUUAAAGUAAUAUAUUGUCCUAUCAAACACACCAUAAUGGUCAGUAUAGAGAGUAAAUAAACAAUUUCUAUCAUCAGUCCUGUACAUUUAUUAUUAAACGAGCAGGUUUCAGACAUCAAAUGCAUGAAACAAUACAUGAAGCUUGAAGCAUAAUAGUACAGUAGAAGUAUGAUACUCACACAUUUUCUGUCUGAACUGACAUUUCUUCUGGCUCAGCUGGUGUCAUAUUGUUCUCUAACUAGAAUGAAGACUUUCUCUAGAGCUGAAAGCUUACCAUUCAUAAGACACACAUCAGACUGUGCAGCUAUGAUUAGUCUAUACAAUGUGUGAAUACUCAGUUGUUACCACGAUAGAAUUUUCUACUCACGUGGAGCUCAGGUGAGUAUAAAUCCAAACCCUUUAUGUACAGAACUUGAGUCAAUCUGUAUAAAAUGUUUAUUGACCUACUUAUGAAAAGUAAUGAUAAUAAAAGGUAUAAUAUGGGAAUCAA